GCAGAAAUAUAGGAGAGAGUUCCCUGGUUUUUGUCUUCCUCUACUCAUACCACAUUCCUAGAUUUAAGUUAUUCUCCCAAAGAAACAAAUCUCCUUCAACCCCUUUUGCACCAACAACUAAACAAAAAAGUGGGAAACAACAAAGCAAAAAUAAACAAAAAUCCUUUAACUAUAUUAUAGUACGUGUAGUUUCUAGAUGUCAAAUAUAUCAGGAGAAGAAGGCAGUUUCUCUUCAGGGAACACUGGAGAUGAAGAAGUUCAGAAACAUAAUCAAGUAGCUGCAGCCCAUUUGAAGACUUCAAAUAAUAUUUCCUCUAUUACUAAUGGGUCCAGUUCACAAUCCCAGCAACAGCAGAAUAAGCAGCAACCUCUUGCUAAGAAGAAGAGAAACCUUCCGGGAACUCCUGAUCCAAAUGCAGAAGUCAUCGGCCUAUCACCAACAACUCUCAUGGCGACGAACAGAUUCGUGUGUGAGAUUUGCAACAAGGGAUUUCAGAGGGACCAAAACUUGCAGUUGCAUAGGAGGGGACAUAAUCUCCCUUGGAAGCUUAGGCAAAGAACUACAACUGAAGUGAGGAAGCGCGUUUACAUAUGUCCAGAGCCAACUUGCGUUCACCACGAUCCGGCUCGUGCUUUGGGUGAUCUUACUGGAAUUAAAAAACAUUAUAGCCGUAAACAUGGAGAAAAGAAAUGGAAAUGUGAUAAAUGUUCCAAAAAAUAUGCCGUGCAAUCUGACUGGAAGGCUCAUCAGAAGACUUGUGGGACAAGAGAAUACAAAUGUGACUGCGGUACCAUUUUCUCCAG